AUGUGUAAGAAAGGUUAUAUUGAUUCUGAUUCAUUUGAUUAUGAAGGAAUUGACUAUAUUUCGGAUAAGAACGUUAUGGAAACAAAUAGUGUUGAAAAUUUUGCAGUAAUAUCAGAUGACCCAAAUUUGAAGAUAGAUAUAAAUGAUAUGCGUGGUCAGAGCUACUAUAUUGAUUCCAAUAUGAGAGGAGAACAUAACGGAGUUCAAAAAAGCAUACUUGACAUUAAUCCUAGAGCAUUUUAUGUACCAUGCAAUUCUCAUUCUUUAAAUUUGAAAGUUUGUGACACGUGUUGGGAGUCGAGGAUUAAUGCGAUAAGGCCAAUACGAUAUCAAUUUGAAGAAAUUUACAAUGCUUUGAAUUUUAUUAAAGAUGAUAUAAACUUAACUGGAACGCAUGGUCUUCAAACAAAAGCAGAUACAUACGUUCUUUUGAAAAAUGAAUUCCUUCAAGACCAUCAAGUGCGUAAAAAAUUCAAGAAAACUAAUUUCAACUAUGAAAAUAAAGAUGAUUAUCCUCUUUAUAACCCAAAGAAAAAAUUUGAAGUAGACUUCUUCAAUACUGUAAUAGAUACUGCUAUAAAUUCGUUACAAGAUAGGUUUAUCCAGUUAAAUAAUCAUUGGUAUAACUUUGGUUUCUUGUAUGAUAUAAAUAUUUUAAGAUCUUGGGAGCAUGAAAUCAUACUAAAGCAUUGCAAAGAUUUAGAGAUAUUACUAUCAUCAAAUGAUACUUCUGAUAAUAAUGCCAUUGAAUUAUUUGAAGAAAUUAAAUUAUUUUGUUUACUAGCAAAAUCAAAUAGUUCUCCAAGUAAAAAUCUUGAAUAUAUCUACAGUCAUCAACUUCAGGAAAUUUAUCCUAAUAUUGCAAUAAGAUUAAGAAUUAUUCUUCCAAUUCCAGUGAUGGUAGCGUCUGUUGAAAAAAGUUUCUUUAAAAUGAAACUUGUAAAAAAUCAUUUAAGAUUAACAAUGAGUAACGAAAGUUUAACUGAAUUAUCAAUUUUAUCCAUUGAAGCAGAAUUGGCGCAAGAAUUAAACUUGGAAAAUUUAGUACAAGAUUUUGCAACAAAAAAGGCAAGAAAAGUUAAUUUAUAA